GCAAAUAUACAUUAACGCAAUUUGGACAAAACAAGAACUGAGAACACAACCGGAAAAAACUUCAUCGUAUUACAGGCACAUACCAUAGUCCAUAUACAUAGAUAGAAAGAAUUACCCACACAUCCACGAAAAACGGUGCGUUACACUGUCGGUGUCAGAAGCUCUGAAACACACACAAAGUGCAAAUAAACGAUAAAUGGAAACUUUGCAAUAGCCAAAGUGCGGAUCGUGAUGUUUGAUUCGUAAAGCGACACCCCAUCACAACCCCACUUGCUUUUAUGCUCCGGCGGUGCAUCACCCUUAAUAGAUCCUCAGCGUCACCCAAUCAUUACGACUUGUUUCUCCCGGAAAGAUCUCAUCUUGGGAAGAUUUUCUAUGCUCUGCAUUGUUAGUUUGGUUAAUCCCUCUGGUUGGAGGGGCUAGAAGACUGGCUGAGAAAGUUUGAGCUUGACCUUGUCAUGUUUUGUUUAUAUUAUCACUCAUUUCAAUAGUGAUUUUAUAAACUGCAGCUUCUUGAUUUCCCUUUGUCAAUUAUGUCAUAUUUGAUGCCUGUAUUAACAUCUAUAUCUGUAACUAUUUAAGCCUACGAGAAUAUAUAUUGGAAAUGAUAUAUUCUGCAGAUGAAUUGGUCUGUGUCUGAAUUCUGGGACGUGCUUUGGAAUGGCUCUGUAUAGAACCAGUGGUGAAUUGUUGACCGAGAGAAGGGGCAUUAUCGAUGCAGUUUUCAAUUCUUUUGAAAAAAGCGAUCAUGGCUCUAGAGGUUUACGUCGAGGUCGAAGAUUUGGUCGGAUUACCAAACACAAGCUUUCACGCUGGAUUUUCCUUUUAACUGCACUCAUUUCAAUACUUCUAACAGUUUAUGGUUUGAAAAUGUUUUUUCAAGCUAAAAUGGAAUCCAAGUUCUCAACAAUACCCCUUAUCCUGCAAGAAGAACGUAACCAACAAGGAAAUAUUAUGGUAUCGGAUGAGGCAAAGACACCUAAAGAAAAUAUUGUAGUAUCUGAUCAUCUUGGAACGGUGCCUAAAGGGAAGCGCCGAAAGCAUUUUCCUUGUGAAGUUGGAUUUCUGGAAUCGGUAGAAAGCCUUGUUGAACCCCAAAAUUAUGUGAGCUCCACAUGGUUUUCUCUAGAGUAUGUUGACCACGAAGAAAGAACUUCCAAAAAUCAUUUAUUUGAACCUCGAUUUGGAGGACAUCAGACUCUAGAGGAAAGAGAAAAAUCAUUUUAUGCAAAAAAUCAGACACUUCAUUGUGGUUUUGUCAAAGGGCCACCAGGACAUCCAAGCACUGGAUUUGAUAUAAACGAAAAAGAUAAGGCAUACAUGUACAAAUGUAAGGUUGCAGUUUCUUCAUGCAUUUUUGGAAGCUCUGAUUUUCUCCGAAGGCCUACUAGUAGACUGAUCAGUCAAUAUUCAAAGGACAAUGUUUGUUUUGUUAUGUUCUUGGAUGAUCAAACACUCUCCAAACUUUCAUCAGAAGGAAACAGUCCUGAUGAGACAGGUCACAUUGGCUUGUGGAAAAUUGUUGUUGUAAAAAACUUACCAUAUGAAGACAUGAGGAGAACUGGCAAGGUGCCAAAAUUUUUAUCACAUCGCCUCUUCCCAAAUUCUAGGUAUUCAAUUUGGCUUGACAGCAAGAUGCGACUCAACUCUGACCCUAUGCUGAUUAUUGAAUAUUUUUUGUGGCGAAAGAAGGCAGAAUAUGCCAUCUCAAAUCACUAUGAUCGCCAUAAUGUUUGGGAGGAGGUACUCCAAAAUAAGCGCUUAAAUAAAUACAACCAUACAGCAAUUGAUGAACAGUUUAAUUAUUACCUUUCUGAUGGCCUCCCCAAGGUUGACCCAUCAAAGUCAAAUGAUCCUAUUCCAAGUUAUGUUCCCGAGGGUUCCUUCAUAAUCAGGGCACAUACACCUAUGUCAAAUUUAUUUUCAUGUCUUUGGUUCAAUGAAGUUGAUCGAUUUACAUCUCGUGAUCAACUAAGCUUCGCUUAUACUUAUUUAAAACUCAGGAGAAUGAAUCCAGAGAGACCAUUUCAGCUAUAUAUGUUCAAGGAUUGUGAGCGCAGAGCAUUAGUGAAGCUAUUCCGGCACAGGUCACUUCCAUCUCUACUAGAGACCGCUUGAUCAGUUCCAGAUCUUAAAGGUGCCUUUUGUUGCCGCAUGAUCAUGUACUGUUCAUUUUGAUUAUUUUGAGUGCCAUCCUAAGAAUAUGAUUCUAUUAUUCAUCAUAUGGUAUGACUAACUGUCUUAUUUGAUGAAUAGUUCACUCUACUAAAUAAGACUUGCAGAAUUAUCUAAUCAAUUUUGUAAUGAGAGAAUUCAAGGCAUAUGAACUUGUAUGAUUGUAUCUGUUAGCUGAACUUUGGAACUUGAAGCAUCGGCUGGAAGAGGGCAAACCAGUAGUGAACAAGUUCAAAUUUUUUUGAGGGGAAAAAAAAUCAUCUGAUGCUUGAUACAAUACAUUUGAGAAAUGGUUGAAAAUUAUGACCCUUUUUUCUUUUUCCACCCUCUCAUGACCAGAGUGAAACUCAGAAUCUUUCAAUAAGUAGUGUUUAUUUUGCACCUUCCUACUCUGUACACUCUUGAUCUUCUUUCUUAAGGAAGCUUCCUCACAAGACAUGUGUAAUAUGUGAAGGGAUGCACACUACUCUAAGGGCAGAGGUCAUUAUAUUUGAUGACAUCCCUUCCAGCUUGACUAGCCUGACAAGACAUGUGAUGUGUAUUAAGCUGGAGCAAAGAGAGAGGCAAACUCAUUACUUGCUGCACAGUGUAUUCUUAUUCUUCUUGGAGCCACGGCUGAAGAGUGAUUGCAGGUGCAUUUUAUGGCCAAGGAUUUUACUCCAUUAUGGGGUUCAGUGGAAGUUGUUUAUGUGGGAAAGGCAAGUUGAUCAAGGUUUUUGUUAGUUCAGCUUCCUCCUGUUUAGUGUCUAGUGUGGGGGAUGAGGGUGAUUUUGCUAACAUGUAAGAAUACUUUCUUUUUUCUAUUUGUGUAAACAUGCAACAGCUUCUCCUUCCUCUCCCAGUCAUAAAUACAGGUUAUUGGGUA